AUGUCGUUGAGAACACCACCUCCUAGUCGUCAGCAGCGCAUAAGUGGUGAAGCAAGAAAUGGUGAUACAACGAGUAUUAACAAUUCUCAAGACAUGGCAAGAAAAAGACAGCUUGAAAAAGACGAGAAAAUAAGGAAGAAAGUUGAACAUGAUCUUACAAGGACCAAUAAACUUUAUGGGAAGAGAACGCUUGAUAAAAUACCAAAGACUGCUGGUUCGGUUGGAAGCUUAAGACCUUCCCCCGCGAUAACUUUACUAGAAACGGCCAGUGUGAUGGACGCCGCACGCUUUAUGGCCGUAAGCAGAGCCACAGCAGUACUUGUUGUAGAUGAAUCAGAAAGGUUGAUAGGAAUCGUUACUGACAAAGACUUAGCAUUCAGAGUUUGCGCUGAAGGUCUUAAUCCUAAUGCAACAUCCCUCGCAGAUAUAAUGACUAGGAAUCCCGAUUGUAUUACAACAUCCUCUAAUGCUCCUGAAGCUUUAAAUCGUAUGGUUUCAGGUGGAUACCGACAUUUGCCACUUCUUGAUGACUCUGAUGAUAUAAUAGGACUUCUUGAUAUUACCGAAUGUUUAUUCCAUGCUCUUGCAAGGCUUGAAAAAGCUCAUGCAUCAACAAAACAGUUAUUUGCAGUUUUAGAAGAUGUUUCAGACAUAAAUGCUUUAAAUAAAGCAGAUUUUUCAACCAUGGCUGCACUUAUAAAACAACAUCUAUGUUUUCCUCGACUAAAUUCUAUUAUGGAUCCUUCAAAGCCUCCACCAGAAGUAUCGAUGAAAACAUUAGUUAAUAAUUUAUGCAUUCCUGUAAACAGAGUCUAUGGUCAAGGUGUUGAACCAAACAACACUUCAAUUGUAAGGGUGAUGACUCCUUGCCCGGAUAUAGUAACAACAGAUACCACUAUCCUGCAAGCCCUGCGUCAAAUGCAAGAUGAACGUUAUCAACAUUUACCUGUAAUCAACGGUAAAAAAAUCAUUGUUGGAAUGGUUGACGUUUUACAACUUACUUAUUCCACAUUAAAUACUUUGAGAACAUUAAAUGGUGAACAAGUGGAAGGUGGUCCAGUCUGGAACAAAUUUUGGAAUACACUAACACCGGAAGAUCCUAAAUCCGAAGGUUCAUCAGAUCCUCCUAUGAAUGAAACUUUUCUCUCGACAAAUUCUAUAGAUCUCCCAAUAAUAAAACAAAGACCUCAUUCCUCAAUUCUAACUCCUCCUUCAUCAGAAAGUGUUUAUUCACGGAGAAAUUCCAGCUAUUUCAGGCUCGAUGACGGUCAUUUUAUAUACAAAUGUAAACACGAAGGAUCUGAGCAGUCUCAUCGAUUCACUUCUGAUACCCAAAACUUUACUAAAUUGAGCCAAUUAGUUCGGUCAAAGAUGAAUAUUUCCGAAGGUUCUGAUAUAGCAAUCAGUUAUAUCGACGAGGAAAAUGAUAAAGUUAUACUAUCUUCUGAUGAAGAUAUGGCAAUCGCUAUGGAAGUUGCAAAAGGUCAAAGUCAAAAAUCACCAUUGAUUCGAUUAUGUGUUGAAGUAAAAUCCCGUGAAUUGAAAAAUACAGUUUCACGUUCCGUUGAAAGUUCUCAUAUACCUUCCACAAACUUAACUACAGAAUCAACACAAUUUCCUAUUUCAGAAAAUGCUGCUGUGACACUUGGAGGUUUUCUUUCCAUUGGAGUUGCCAUUGGCGUUGGUGUAAUGUGGGCAGCUAAAUCAAAAUGA